CACCUUAAAUAAAUUCGGACGUCAUCUUGAGCAGUAGUGAUCAAUACUAGGUGCCAACCGCCGGAGGUUCGUCCCCGGGCCGUGAUCAUGGUGACACAAAACCGCAUUUGACGUUUGCUUGCUCACCUUGGGUUUAUAUAGAACGCCUUUUCCAUUAAUUCCGCUUCUCUCGCCCACAAUACACAACGGCACACAAGUUACCACCCUGUAGUAGCCAACAUGUCCCGAAACGUCUGCGUAACCGCCAUUGACGGCCAGACCGGCUUCCUCAUCGCGGAGCUCCUCCUCAGCAACCCAGACUUCUCAUCAAAGGUCGAUUCUGUCGUCGGUCUCUCCUUGCACCCAGAGUCCCCUCAUGCUCACGAGCUCACCAGUCUCGGCGCCAAAGUGGUGCCUCACCAGCCAGGCCGCGUUAAGACAAUGGCCAAGAAGCUGAAGGACUCGGGCUGUGACACGCUCUGCCUCGUCCCGCCCGCUCAUCAAGACAAAUUUGACAUUUCCGUGGAGCUGGCUGAGGCGGCCAGGCAGGCGGGUGUCCCGAAUGUGCUGCUCAUCAGCUCGGCUGGCUGCGACUAUGCGGAUCCCAACAGGCAGCCCCGUUUGCGAGAGUUUAUCGACAUUGAAAGCGUGGUGCUCGAGUCCAAGGGUUUGGCCGACACACCAACGGGAACCUCGCCUUGCGUCAUUCGUGCCGGCUUCUAUGCUGAGAAUCUGCUGUUGUACUCCCCUCAGGCCAAGGAAGAGGGUACACUCCCGCUGCCGAUUGGCAAGCAGCACAAGUUUGCGCCUGUGGCCUUAGGAGACGUUGCUCUCCUCGCGGCCCACGUGCUUACUGGAAAGGGGGCGCAUGGUUUUGACGACCGCCACCGCGGACAGAUGAUGAUCUGCACAGGUCCAAAAUUGUGCGCAGGCGAAGAACUCGCCACGGCAGCCGGCAGCUCCCUGGGCGUGGAAAUGAAGUUUGAGAGCAUCUCGGCUCGCGAGGCCAAGCGCGUGCUCAAGGCGCAGUCGGACAUUGACCAGAGUGAGCAGCAGUACUUGCUCGAGUACUACAGCCUUGUGCAGGAGGGCAAUACAAACUACAUUGCCACGACGGCCUUUCACGAUGUCACUGGUCGGCAUCCGACGGAGCCAGAUGGGUUCUUCAAGAUGUACGAGAACGACAUGCGGCCCAAGAAGGUGGCCAAGCGUAAGCAUCACUAGAUGCGCUGGCCAGGGGGAGAGGUCAGAGUUGUCCUCGAAUGUUGCCCAUGAGAUAACGUAGCAAAUGGACUGGAGUUUUCAUCUGUAGUGCUUGGCAGUGACUGUGACGAGAGAUUGUCAGACUGCAUGCCGCCUAGAACAAUGGCAUUCACUUGGAUAAAGGAGACUUUGCCUCUGUCUCAAUCAGUAGCCAGAGCUGACUAGGCGACACUGACUUGUCCAAGGGAUAUCGGACAGUGUGGUCAUGGCUGAUCUGAAGCACAGUUGACUGAUAGUUGAGCCUGAAUCGAGAUGGCCAAAUGCCUACAUCUGAACGGCCUUUGGUAAGAUUGGUCAUUACAACUUUGAGAUCGGCAUCUUUGAUCAAAAAAUAGCUUUGUCGUCUGUCA